CCAUUUCCGUACAGUGGGUCUCUCUCUUUGAAAUUCCACCCCUCCUGCUUUGUUGUGCACAGCGAGGGGCGGGAAGACAAACAGGUCCACAUGUAUAAAGAGAUCAUCCCGGGACUACUGGGAGUCAGGAGGCUUCAGUCGAAAGAAAGCAUCGUGCCGACAAAAACUCUCUGGAAAACUUUGUGAUUCGGGAUUUCGAGGCCGCUUUGGGACUUUGUGUCACACAGACAUUUUUAGGGGAAUUUAACUUGGAGAAUCAUCAUGCAGAUACCGGCAGCAGCGCGUCGCUUCUUGGCUGUGUAUCUCACGCUGUUUGGAUACCUUGGGGACGUUUACGCAGGGACCGUCCUGGUGAACUCCAAUGCCAUCAAAAACCUGCCCGGUGCUACUGGAGGCAAAGGAGCAGACACUGUCAGUCCGACUCCUCACACCUCUCCCUCCGGUAGCAAAGUACCCGUGGACACCUUGCAGUCGGGUGCUUGCACGGAUGAUGGUGAAUGUGGAAGUGAUGAAUUCUGCAACGACGCUCGAGGCGCCUGUCUGCCCUGUCGUAAGAGCCGGAAGCGUUGCGCACGCGACUCCAUGUGUUGUGCAGGAAACCGCUGCAGCAAUGGUGUUUGCCAGGCGAAUGACAUAGAUGGUACAGAUGCAUCCAUCAUCACUGGCUCGCACAAACACAACAACAACACCAUGGAGCAUCAUCAAGCCAAGAAGCCUCCCACUGCCCACGGCAAUCAGCUUCAUGCUACAAAAGGCCAGGAGGGGGAUACUUGCCUGAGAUCUGCAGACUGCUCCGAGGGCCUGUGCUGCGCCAGACACUUCUGGUCUCGCAUCUGUAAGCCCGUGCUGACGGAGGGCCAGGUGUGCACGCGCCACCGCAGGAAAGGCACCCACGGCUUGGAGCUGUUCCAGCGCUGUGACUGCGGCGACGGUCUGGCUUGCCGACCGGAGAAAGGAGAGCGAGACCACAGUGUCAGCAGGACUGCAGCCCGGAACCUACACACCUGUCAGAGACGCUGACACAAAAGCGUGGACACACACAGAGACAGAAACUCACACACACACACAUCCAGCAGACCCACAAAUCAGUCACAGACACUGACAAACACCUUUCAGCCCUCCACACACCAGAGAUGCUCACACACACACACACACACACACACAGAUAGACACCCAACACCUUAGACAUUCUUUCCUGCCAAAGUUGCUGACACAAACAGCACCCGGAAGGAUAGACAUGAUUCCCGGAAAACUGAUACACCCAGAGGGAUGCAACAGUGCAAGACGGACUGAUCCGAUUCCCCAUCAACAGAUGAGGGAGUCGGAAGUUUAGGAAGUGACAUUUCAGAAGUCUUGGGGAAGAUCGAUUCAUGUCGUCGGUAAUGGCAGAGCUGUUUUGUUUCUCUUUUUAUGGAACUUCAAGCCUCAGUUAUUGCAGUAAAUUACUGUAUUGUAAAUAUUAUCCUGAAGGUGGCACUUAAUUGAGCUAUUGAAUUCUGUCAACACCAGUAUUAUAAAGACAUGGUGCUGCAUGCUUUGUAAAUGUGUUAUAUAUAUUGUUUUAUAAGAAAAAUGUUCUAUAUAGAAAAUUUGAAUAUAUUUGUUUUAUUAAACAU